AUGUCGGAAUCGGACUCGACAAGAACAGAAGCGACGAAAAAAUGGCUCCCAAAUUUGAAGCACCCGAGUUUUAUCGGCCGCCCGGCCUCAAUAUGGCUCGAUCUUGGGAAAAAUAAAAGCUCGGCUGGAAAAAUCAUGUGCAAUAUCUGCCAGACAUCCUCGGAAACGAUGAAGGCGGCGCUUGCUCAUUUGCGCAGCAAACACAAAAAUCAGAAGCAAUAUGAAUGCGAUCAAUGCUCAGAGAGAUUCAAUGUUUUCGAAAAUUUACAGACUCACAAAACCUCACAUGAAGCGAGACUAUCGUCAGAAGGAAUUGUCAAGUGCCCGAUCAAAAACUGCAGCAAGGAAUUUCGUAGGAUGGUCGUUUUCCGCCACCAUGUUCAAAAAGAACACCAAAUUAACGACGAUUUUCAUUGCAAAACUUGCAAUUUUCCGUUUCCGACUGUUUUCGAACUCGAGCAGCAUCGACUUGCCCACGUUUCACGCGAAAAACGGCGGCUGGAGAGGCGCAAACGGGAGCUGAAACAAAAAUUGGAGAAUCCGCCCGUCCCGGAUGAAAUUUCAAAUUCAAAGCAAAACAUCCCUGAGCCGCCUGUAUUUCCUGAAACAAGAGAACUCACGAGCAUCCAAGAUGAACUUCCAGAGACGCCUAUUCUUGACCCUCCAGUGCAAGAAGUCAUGGAACUCGUCAGAGAAAAGAGCAAAAACAAGCGCGGAUCUGUCACCAAGAAACUUUCGACUUUCGAAGAUUUCACUUUCCAAAAGCCUCAACCCUUGAAUGAUGCACUAACAGCGCUGGAUGAAAUUGUUGGAACGAUAAGCGAUCCCGUCGUUAAUGCUACAAGAAAUCAAGAACAACCGGCACCAAAGCCGAUCCGAAAGAAAGUCCGAAAAUCAACAAAGCAAAAGAUCCCCGGUCCACUGGCUGGCCCGCUUCAAGUGGCGCCGCUGGACGCUAUUCCGAAUCCCGUCCCCGCCUUCUCUGCCCAAAACGAUCUUGAUUUUCCCUUCGCUUCUGGAACUUGGGGCUACGAAGCUGAUUCAGCGGCUCAGUAUUCCUCUCAAAUUAUGCCAAAUUACGGAUAUGAGAGUGUGGCGCCCGGAGUUCAACCGCAAACGCCUCAUUUUGACAAUUAUAUGGGAAACAUUUUCUACGGAAAGCCAAAGUCAAAAUCGCCUGCUCACGUGUGUAAUUACUGUGGGCGCGUUUUCAAAACCGCAAGAUACUUACGCCAUCACUUAGUUUCGCAUUCCGGGGUGAAGAAACAUAUGUGCACAUUAUGUGGCAAGACUUUCUCCCGCAUUUCGACACUCACAAAGCACAAACAGUCCGUUCAUUUGAAGACGAUAUUCUAUCCAUGUGGGCGCUGCGGAAAACAUUUCUACCGAAAGGACACUUGGAGGAGGCACCAAAUUCAACACCAGACUGCUAGAAACUGGGCAUGUCCGUACUGUUAUUCUAGAUUCAAGACUCGACAGAAUUGCUUGAAACAUAUCAAGACUCACCAAGCUACGACUAGAGACUAUCAACUUUCAGAGGGUAUGAGCCAUGAAUUCUUCAAUCCAGACGGCUAUUUCGAAAUGAAUCCUAUCGGUCCCAUGACUGAGCUUUUGCAAAACGCCCAGGAUGAAGGCUCAAAUCAGACUCAAGGCGUUCAAGAUAUGAUUCCAGGGAAUUCGUCAAGUCUUAUGCCAAGCACAAGUAGUAAAAAGGGGUUGAAAGAGGGAGAAUGCGUUGCAUCAAGCAGCAGCUGCGCUCAGCGUCUUCAGCUCCCAACGGGCGGCGCCACUACCCCAAUCGAUAGCAUUUUGCCAAACUUGCCUCAAACAGAUCAGGAUCAAGACUCGGCGAAAAAUCUGAUCAUCGAUGAAAUACUCGGCGCAGAGUUAUUCGGCUCCAAUUCGAACACCAACUCGGCAACGCAAAGUUCAAGCUUGCCACAAACGACAACUCAAGCUGUGACGGGCCAAGAAUACCAACAAUUGCCCCUUGAUUGCGCCGAGUCAAACUUGCCUACUGAUAAUGCCAGGGGAGAGACAAUGCCAGUUCAGUCAAGUUCGAAGCCACAAAAGCAACAGAAAGCGAAACGCGUGCGUCCGAAAAAGACUUCUCAAGCAAAACAGAAGAAUAACCGACAACUUGAAAUUGCAAAUGAGGAAACAGAUACAGAUGCUAACAGAGCAAUUGCACAGAACGCAUAUUCAAUUCAAGCCGACAUCGAUACCGCUACUGUCAAGAAGAAAAAAGAGAAAGAAACUAACCAAAUAAAAAUUGCAGAAGCAGACGUUGACGAAUUGGCAACGGUGGAAGAAGUCACUAACCAAUGCAGAAUUAAAUAUAAUAUCAGCUUAUCGGAGAAAUAUCUCAUCGACACUUCGAAAGAGAAAAUAACUGGAAUACCCUCGCACUCAAGCGGUGCGCGAACGACAAAGGGCGUGUACCGAUUUCACUGCGACGAUCCAAGUUGUAACAAGUCCUUCACAAAGCGCUGCGAUCUCAAUCGGCAUAUUCUGACGCACACCGGCGAGAAACCCUUCAAAUGCGAUAAAUGUGAAAAGCGCUUUAGCCUGAAAUCGACGCUAGUCAAGCACGCUCGGCGGAUGCAUUCCGACGAGAAGCCAGACAAGUAUAACUGUCAUGUCUGUGAGAAACGAUUCACAGAUUCAGGGGGACUCAAGCGGCACAUGAGAAUACAUACGCAAGCUAGACCCUUCAAAUGCGAAGAUUGUACAAAAGUCUUCAAACGCAGUGAUCAGUUAGUACGUCAUCGCAAAACGUGCGAGAAGAAUCUUUCAAAAGAAAAUCCGUCGACGCCUAAAUCGGUCUAUGUCGUCAUGACGCCACUCUGCAAGGAGAUGAUGGAAAUGUUUGAAAAUGAGCAAAGUGCUAAGCCUGCAUCAACGACAAAUUAA